AUGGCUAAGAACGACAAUGACCCUAGUCUCAAUGAUAAUCUGAAUGGUCAAGAUGUUAAUCCUCAUGUUCGUAGAGUAAUACUUGAUCCAAGACUACAUUUAAGGCUUUUUCUAGAGGUUUGUGACUCGUUUAGACAACAAGGGGUUCCUGAAGACGCUCUGAGACUUAAAUUGUUUCCAUAUUCUUUAAGAGAUUAUGUGAGAGCAUGGCUGAAUGCUUUACCGUUGGGAACAGUGGAAUCAUUGAAUGAUCUAUGCCAGAGGUUUUUUGCUAGGUAUAAUCCACCAAAUAUGAAUGCCAAGCUUAGAAAUGACAUAACAUCCUUUUGGAAAUUAGAGGAUGAAACACUAUAUAAAGCUUGGGAACGAUCUAAAGACUUAAUUCAGAAAUUUCUGAUGCAUGGAUUUCAACACAAGACUCAGAUGAAGAUAUUCUAUAAUGGGUUGAAUGCAUAUACGAGGAUGGUAGUUGAUGCCUCCGCGAAUGGUACUUUUUUGGAUAAAUCGUAUAAUGAAGCAUUUGAGAUUUUGGAAAUGAUUGUCAAUAAUGAUUAUCAAUAUCUGAUCGCAAGACUCAGGACGGGCAAGAAAGUUUCUGGUACUAUGGAACUUGAUGCAAUCACAUCAUUGACAACCCAGGUGUCAUCUUUAACUAAUAUGACCAAAACAAUGAAGAGACCAACUGCAAUUCAGGAGAUGAAAGCAGUCGAGCUAGAAUGUGUUUAUUAUGGUGAAUACCAUGUAUUUGAUGAAUGCCCAUCAAAUUUAGCAUUUGUGUGCUACAUGGCUAAUUUCAAUUGGAAUAAUAAUCCCUAUUCCAACACCUAUAAUCCAAGGUCGAAGCAACAUCCAAACUUUGGUUGGAAUAAUCACGGUACGGGGAAUUUUAAUAAUGCAGUAAGACAAAAUGCCAUCAGUGCACCACCUGGUUAUAAUCAACCUAUGUCGAGGCAAAAUGUCCAACAAGGUCAGGCAUCAUCAUCUAUUGAGGACUUGUUGAAAGAAUAUAUGGCCAAGAAUGAUGUCGUAAUUCAGAUUCAGGCUGCAUCCCUCUGA